CACACUAGUACACUUGUAGCUUUUUUCUCCACCAAGAACCGGAGUUCUAGAAAAAGAGGGAAAAAAAAAAGACCCACUGUGUGUUUUCGUGUGUGUUUGUGAGAGAAACAAAGAGGACAAAAAGGGCUUUCCAUCAUGUUACCUGUUCUCCUUCUUUGUGCUUAAUUAUAUGGGUAUUUAUCGAUUUAUCGAUUCCUCUCUCUAAAAUAGAAAAACAAAGACAUGGUUAUGUAUAAAAACCAUAAAUCCCCAUUUCUUCUCGUUUUCUGACUUGGGAUUUUUCCAUUCUUUCUGUUCUUCAUCGUCUUUGAUGGCUUCACGAGUUGUGUUCUUGAUCUAAAAGCAUGAAUAUGACUUUUUAGUGUUUCUAACGAAAUUCUGCACUAAUGGGUAAUGUUAGUGGUAGAGAAGUAAAGAGUAAAGAGUUUAAUCAAGCUGAUUACUACAUGGAAUGUGGCCAUCGACCGGCGCAAGUUAACAGUAGCAACAGCUAUCCUGCGCAUAUGCUUCACCCCCCUAGGGCUUCUCAGUUCCCCAUGACUAUCACUCCUCAGAGUCAAAGAGGCGAAUUCAACCCAGAAAACAACAUAAGCAUACCAGCAGUAAUCGAUUGGACUCAUGGUGGAAAGCAUGUUGCAAUUGAAGGAUCAUGGGAUAACUGGAGUACGAGGUUGAAAUGCUAUUUUUCUAUUCUCACUCUUUUUUUGAUUGAUAAGAAGUUUUAUACUUUUUUUGUCCGUUUUCUUGAAUCUUUUUAUUCUAUCAGGGAGUUAUUAGAAGGUUCAGGCACUCAUUUCUCAAUUCUUAAGGUGCUAAAUUCUGGUGUUUACCAUUAUCGUUUUAUCGUUGAUGGGGAAUUGACUUAUUCUCCUGAUUUACCACACGAAAGUGAUGAGUUUGGGAAUAUUUACAACGUUUUGGACUUAAAGGGUUAUUACAAUGAAAACUUGGUGAGAGAUCAAGAAACCGAAUACCCUUCUUCCCCAAUAUCAAGCUACAACAAUGCAUCCUUCACAUUAGAUGAUUAUAGUGAGAAAUUACCCGAAAUGCCCCCGCUAUUACAACAUAUGCCUUUGAAUCAAGCAUCUUUUUCCAAGAACUAUGAAGGGGUUUUUCAGAAGCCUUUAUCGGCCAAUUUGGAUCAUUUGUAUAUUAAGAGAGAUGAUAGCAGUCAACCCGUUGUUGCUCUGAGUUCUUCCCAACGAUUUCGGUCAAAAUUUGUGACAAGGGUGCUUUACAAGCCAUUUAAAAAAGCAAGAGAGUAAGAAAGUAAACAAUUUUUAUUUUAUUUUUUGUUUCGUGGUCUUUUUUUUUGUUUAUUUUGGGCUUUUUAGAUUAGAAUCUGUGUUUUUGGAGGCCAUUGAGUCUAUAGUUAAGGAAAAGGUAAGAUCUUGAUUUAUAAAGAUUCUAUAUGAUUACUCCAUUUUGCAAUUGGAAUUUUUUUUUAGUGUAUAUGAUUAGAACCAGCUAUAAACCGCUUCUCUAUUAGAAAGGCCACACAUACUUCCCCAUUUACAAGCCACAUUGGAUGCCUCUUU